UUGAAAUUGCCAGCGCUUGCGUCGCUGAACCGGAGUUGAAACGGAACCUCGCUGAACCCCGCCUUCACUCCCUCGAGACUCAUCCCGACUGGGGAGAAAGCUUCCACGGCGACGCUGGUCUCAAAGCCCUAUCCUUUUUUCUUAAUCAUCGUAGUUGCUGGGAAGUGGCCCUGUGAAGCACUGAGAAAGUGUCUUUAGAGGAUGGAAAGCAAUGAAGACCAAUCACUUUCUGAAUUGGAGGAAGAAAUUUUUCAAAAAUUCAGGGCUUUCAUGACAGGGAUUGCAAAGAUUGAUGAGUUGGGAAUUGCUGGAAGCAGGCUGCUGUCUGGAUUUCAACAAGCAAUUGAGUUUAUCGGGAGACCUCCUAUUGAUAUGAAUUCCAAAUUAGUGGACAAGAUAAUUGUAGCUAAUGAAACUAAGAGAGUUAAAGCCUAUAUAAAUUCUGGAUGUAGGAAGCUCAACGAAAGUAUCCAGAGUCUAACAAACUUUCACUCAUGCACACAAGGACUCUGUAAUCAUAUAAGAAAAGCUAAGGAAAUACUUAAUGAACUUGAAGGUGUACUGGGGGAUGUAACAAGUGCUAUUCAGACUACAGAUGGAAAAUUAUUAGCCUUCUCUGGUCUGGAUUUUGAUGUUGAAUUAAUUGAGCAAGCAACCUAUAAUGAUUUGGAGGAAAAGGAUGCUUUAUAUCAUUCUCAAAGUCCUGAUGUCAACACUGGCAAAAAAAAGAAAAGUGCCGAUGUCACACAUUUAGCCAUGGUAAUGGCUUUCAUAUAUAGCAUGGUCAAGCAAGAGUAUUUGAUGCAGGAAAAGAUUGUGUCUGCUUUAGAUCUCAAGAUGUCGUUAGAAGAAUUAGAAAGCUACUGCCAAAUGUGGUCUUUGCGCCCCUUCAUAAAUGACGAGAUCGUGCAUGGAGCUUGGGAACAUAUUCAUUGAACAUUCUUUUGUUUUUCAUUAUAAU